AUGACUUAUCUGGGAGAGGCUGAAGCUGUAAUUAGUCCUUGCAGACCCCAUCAGCUCUCACUCCUCCCCAGAAGGUUAGGAGGUUACCACCUAGAGAUAGACACUGGGUGCUUAGUCACCUCCUUCUUCUUUUGGGGCCGUGUCAAGGGACUACCCUGGGCUUGUUUCCAGGACGGCCUGACCUUACUACACUGUGCAGCCCAAAAAGGCCACGUGCCAGUGCUCGCAUUCAUAAUGGAAGACCUGGAGGAUGUGCCCCUGAACCAAGCUGACAAGCUGGGAAGGACAGCGUUUCACAGGGCUGCUGAGCAUGGGCAGCUGGACGCUCUGGACUUCCUUGUGGGCUCUGGCUGCGAGCACAGUGUGAAAGACAAGGAGGGGAACACAGCCCUUCACCUAGCUGCUAGCCGCGGCCACCUGACUGUGUUGCAGCGACUCGUGGACAUCAGGCUGGACCUGGAGGAGCAGAAUGCGGAAGGUCUGACUGCCCUACAUGCAGCGGUUGAAGGCAGCCACCCUGACUGUGUGCAGCUGCUCCUUGAGGCUGGGAGCAGCGUGAACGCCCUCACCCAGAAAAAGCAAAGCUGCCUCCACUACGCAGCCCUUGGUGGCUCUGAGGAUGUGGCCCGGGCCCUCAUCCAUGCAGGAGGCCACACCAACAUAGCUGAUCAUGGAGCCUCUCCUAUGCACCUCGCUGUGAGGCACAACUUCCCCGCCUUGGUCCAGCUCCUCAUUGACGCAGGCAGUGACCUGGAUGCCACUGACAAUAGGCAGCAGACGCCCCUCCACCUUGCUGCUGAGCACGCCUGGCAGGACAUAGCAGAGAUGCUCCUCGUCACUGGGGUUAACUUAAACCUGAGAGAUAAGCAAGGGAAAACUGCGCUGGCAGUGGCCGCCCGCAGCAACCACAUCAGCCUGGUGGACAUGAUUAUAAAAGCUGAUCGCCUCUACAAAUGGGAGAAGGAUCACGUGUUGUGCAGGGACCCCAGGGAUCCCUCUGGGAAGAACUUGACCUUUAAGCAGGACCAUCGGCAGGAAACGCAGCAAUUCCACUCUGUGCUGUGGCGACUGGCUUCCAGGCAUCUGCAGCCUCAAGAGUGGAAGAAGCUUGCGUAUUGCUGGGAGUUCACCGAGGCCCACGUCCAUGCCAUCGAGCAGCAGUGGACAGGCAUCAAGAGCUACCAGGAGCAUGGCCACCGGAUGCUGCUUAUCUGGCUGCAUGGUGUGGCCAUAGCCGGUGAGAACCCCAACAAAGCACUGUUCGAGGGCCUCAUGGCCAUUGGCAGGAGGGACCUGGCUGAAAGCAUCAGGAAGAAAGCAAAUGCUGACCCGGGUACCCCCAGGAGGUGUACAGCCAUGUAACUGGAGAGGCCAGACCUUCAGGGGCAUGGAGACUUAGAAUGGGGGCCCCUGAACAGAAGAGGACCAUCAUUUAAGGGCUUUUAAAAAAUCACUGUUAACAGACCUCCAGCUGCUUGUACUGAAACACCCAGCCCUGCAGGACCAGCAGGCACUGUUUGUAAUCUCUUUCACAGGGGUUAGUCCAGGGGCCAAUUCAGGUUUUGCAGGUAAUCCCUUCCCACAGGUGCAGUCCUUUGCGGCUCUUGGAGCAUCACAGCAGUCCCCUGAGAUGCAAGGGCCAUCUUUUCAGAGAGGACACUGAGGCUCAGAAUGGAUAAGCAGCUAAUCGGCUGUUGAGGUCAGGUGCCAAACCCAGCAUUCCUGUCUCCCCAACCUGGCAAAAGGACUCCAACUGUCACUUACAAAACGGACCUCCUUUAACUCAUUCACUGGCUUUUAAUGAAUGCUGUGCUUACAAAAACAGUGUUUCUGUUCACAAGCUUAUUUAUAUGCUUUGACAGUUCUAAGAGGUACACACAUUCUUUUUUUCCCAUUUUGUUUAGAAAUUUAAUUUUAAAAAUUUAUUUUUAUUAUUUUUUUUUGAGAGAGACAGAAAGAGAGAGAGAGAGAGAGUGCAUGCAUGGGAGAGAGAGAGAGAGAGCGAGAGCGAGAGCGAGAGCGAGAGAGAGAGAGAGAGAGAGAGAAUCCCAAGCAGGUUCCAUGCUCGGUGCACAGCCCCACGUGGGGCUCAAUCCUACGACUAAGAUCAUGAUCUGAGCUGAAAUCAAGAGUUGGAUGCUUAACCGACUAAGCCACCCAGGCACCCCUAGAAUUAUUUUUAACUUUAAAAUUUUAUUUUGAAAUCGUUUCAGACUUACAAAAACAUUGCAGAAACAGUAUGAAGAAUUUCUGAAUAUGCUUCACAAUACAGCUUCCCCAAAUAUUACCAUCUUAUGUAAUCACAGUAUAAUUUUCAAAACCAGGAAAUUAACACUGAUACCAUACUAUUAACUCAUCUUCAGACCUUAUUCCAAUUUUGUUAGUUGAACCAUUCAUGUCCUUUUUCUGGACCAGGAUCCAGUCCAGAAUCACACCUUGCAUUUAGUUGUUAUUCUUUUUUUUUUUUUUUUUAAGUUUAUUUAUUUUAAGAGACAGAGAGAGUGCGUGUGCACAGGGUGGGAGGGGCAGAGAGAGAGGGAGAGACAGAAUUCCAAGCAGUCUCCACACCCUCAGCGCAGAGCCUGAUAUGGGGCUUGAACUCCUAAGUUCAAGACCUGAGCCCAGAUCAAGAGCUGGAUGCUUAAUCAACUGAGCCACCCAGGUGCCCCAGGGACCCCUGUCUUAGAAAAACUCCCCACAGAGUUAUCCACUGGUCUGAGUCUCAGGAGGGAGAGACAGAAUAAAAACUGUUAAGAGCUGAAAGGGGCUUCAACCGUCACACAUGGCCAGUGGGAGGUCACAGUGGAACAAUCCUCUGAAAGGCAGGCGGCAUUAUAUCUACCAAAAUUACAAAUGCAUUUGCCCUUUGACCCAGCAAUCCCACGUGGAGGAAUUUAUCCUACAGAUAAACCUGCAAACAUUAGAUACCAAGACCAAUGCAAGUUAAUAUGGCAGAAAUUGCUGGGCAGAGGGGUGUAUGGGAACUCUGUGCUAUCUGCUCAGAUUUUUAUUUUUUAUUCUUACUUUUAACAUUUUUGAGAGACAGAGCAUGAGUGGGGGAGGGGCAGAGAGAGAAGACACAGAAUCCAAAGCAGGCUUUAAGGUCUGAGCUGUCAGCACAGGGCCCAAUGCGAGGCUCAAACCCACAAACCAUGAGAUCAUGACCUGAGCUGAAGUUGGACUUAAGUGACUGAGCCACCCAGGCAUCCCUGCUCAGGUUUUAUUUUUAACUGUUUUUAAAAAUAAAGCCUAUUAACAAUUUUUAAAAAAUACCUGAGGCUUAUGAAAAGAAAGAAAAAGAGGCUUUGAAACCAACCUAUUUUACACACAAUCACCUAUAGGACUGAGGCUGCACAGUCACAGCAUGAUUUGGAACCCCAGUGCAGCAUGUGGCCUCUAUGCCCUUCUCUUCAAGUGCUGUGUUGAGGGGGAAAAACCUUCUCUUCUAUAUAUUCCAUUUAGGAAAUGUAUUUUGUACCACAUGGGAUUUAGACUAUUUAUCUGGAUGAAUUUUGUGAAAUGGAUUUUGUGUUUUGAGACAAAAAAGCAA